AUGACGCCGAAUCCAAAUCAGGGUACCAAGUCAUCGGAAGCCAAGCCGUCUAGCUUUGACAGCGCUAUGCAUCCAUACACAGACGAACCGGUCCCAUCUUACGAGACAGCGCUCCAAGAAGGCGCAGGUGGUGGUGUAGCAGCCGCAGGUCCAUCCUCCAACGCGACUCCAAGUGCUCAGCAGACUCAACCCGAACCCGGUUUUGCUCCCUCCCAACGGUCCUAUGGCUGCUCGCCAUAUACGCCAAACGGAACAGCGCGCAUCGUGAUCGUUCCGGCGCCUCAUUGGCAUGUCCUCCCAUCGCCGCCUAAUCAGCCGCUUUUACCCGCGCCCGUGUCCGUACCCGCUGCACCAAUUCGAAGAGCAGGCCCGCGCUUCUUUCUAGCUCUACUACAAGCUUUUAUGAUCUACAUACUGAUCAACUUGCUCGUCGAUCUCACCGUCACACGCAAGUGGUGA